AUGAAAUUUGUCUACAGAUCUUUUCUAUAUUUGUUAUUUGUUGUUAUUCGUAUUCUUUAUUGUUUUACACCUGAUCAAUCUUCAUUUGAUGCAUAUGGUAUUAAACUUGCUGCUAAUGAUAUUCUAUUAGUCGAAUCUUUGGCUUCUGAUUCUUCAUUUUUUGUUCGUUUUUCUCCAUAUAAUUAUUCUCUUUCUUGUACAAUCCCUUAUAAUAAUUCGAAUGAAUAUAUAUAUUCUGUAGCUGUUCAUUCCAGUGCAACAUAUAAUGAUCCAAUUGGUUUUGUAUUUAUUGGUAUUAAUAUGGAUACAGAUAUCCCAUUUCUAGGUUCAUUAACUUAUAAUGGAAUAAUAGGACCAGCAUUUCUUGAUGCUGUUAAUUCAUCAGUGAAAGCAAAAUUUCCUUGUAAU